GCGAGGAUGAGUUGAACACGUUGUGUUUUUCUUUUGGGGUGGAGUUAGACGAAGUGGUGCAGCAAGAAGAAGAGACAGUUUUUAAAAUAGAAGUGCCUGCCAACAGGCGGAGAACCCUGGCUUCUAUAGGAACAUACGAUCUGUCUCUGCUGUCUCCUCCCUUUACUUACGAGCGGCUGCCUCUAAAUGAUAUUUGCUUUCAACCCUUAGGCUGCGGCGACCUUCCGCCUAUGAAGGGCCCUCAAAUCCUAAGCCACUUUGCUGCACACCCUCAGCUUAAGCAAUAUCUGCACAUGCUGGAGGGCGAAUCUGAGCUGUAUGUCCUGAGAGACAGUAAAAAGCAGUAUUUGUCUCUGCCUCCUUUAAUUAACUCAAACUUCUGCAGAUUGACUGAACAGUCUGUGGAUAUCUUCGUUGAUUGCACCUCCGUUGAGGAGAAGAAAGGAGAUAUGGCGUUGAUGAUGGUUGUCUCGAUGUUAGCUGAAUAUUGCGAAGACCCGUUUACUGUAGAGCCCGUGCGAGUGCUUUAUGAAGAAGAAAACAAAGAAAAAGUUACUCCCGUCCUAGAGACGCGUGAGAUGUGCGUGGAUAUGAAGACAGUGCGCCGCAUCUGCGGUUUACCUCAGCUGACUGCAGCAGAUGCAGCAAAGGAGUUGCAUCGUUUAAUGCUAGCAGCAAACCCUAAACCCCCAAAUGAGGCUGACUUCCUUCAGCACCAGUGGGAUAGCCUACCUGUGCUGCUAUCAAAUGCAAAGACAAGAGAGCUGACGGAGACACGAACCCAGUUAAUCUCUGGUCUUCUCAGAUCGCUUGUGACGAAUGCAGGAAGAAGAGAGAUGCCUAUUCGGCUCUUUGAAGUUGGGGAUGUGGUUAUUCGAGACGACAGAACGGAGACAGGCAGCCGCAAUCUCCUUUAUUGCUGCGCAGCGUUUGCUGAUGAGCACGGCAGCGGCUUAGAGGAGGUGCACGGGCUUCUUGAUGCAGCCCUGGAGGCGUUGGGUUUAGUAGCUGAUUAUAUUGUUGCAGAGAGACAGGCAGCAGCAAACGCAGGAAAAGGAGACAGCAAAAGCUCUUUGAUGAAUAUCAGCCGUCUCCCUGUAUACUCGCUUAAACCCACACAACUGCCUACAUUCUUACCGGGGCGUCAGGUGCAGAUUGUCGUACAGCGCAAAUGCAGAGCAGAGGGAGAGAAGGCGAAGGAGACAGAAUUAAAUGCAAAGGAGACAGCUAAGGAGACACAAGAAAAAUUCGUUAUAGGGCAGAUGGGCACCCUUCAUGUUGACUGUCUCCGUGCAUUCGGUCUCUCUGUACCGGUGUCUGUUGUAGAGUUUACCCUCGAGCCCUUCCUCCAGUGGCUACCGGAGACAGACAUUAUUUUUGCUUAG